AUGUCAGAAACACCCUCCGGUAGCGGCUCUCUGGCAGACCGCGUGACGAAACCCGAGUCCACCUCGUGGGCAGAUGAGGUCGCCUCUCCCACCACUGAGAACCCUCCCACCACCAUCGAUACAAACGGCAAGCAGCCAGAAACGGCGCCGGCGGACAAUGGACAACUUGACGGAGCCACAGAGCCCUUUGGAGGUUCCGAGCUACAGGAGCCGGAAUUCGAUGUCGAGGUCAAGUUGGCGGACAUGCAGGCAGACCCCAACAACCCUCUAUACUCUGCCACUUCAUUCGAGCAAUUAGGCUUGAGCGACGAAAUCCUCAAAGGCGUCACCAACAUGAACUUCCGAAAGCCCUCCAAAGUCCAAGAGAAAACCCUUCCCCUCCUCCUGAUGAACCCUCCCCAGAAUCUCAUCGGUCAAUCACAGUCUGGAACUGGUAAGACCGCUGCCUUCGUGCUGAAUAUCCUACAUCGUCUGGACCUCAGCAGCGAAGCUAUGCGCAAGACUCCGCAAGGGUUGGUUUUGGCGCCGAGUAGAGAACUCGCUCGUCAGAUUGUAGGCGUUGUGAGGGUUAUGGGCGCGUUCAUCGAAGGUCUCAAGGUUGAAGCCGCCGUUCCUCAAGAUGCAGCUGCACGCUCCCGUAGAAUUGAAGCGGCAGUGAUCGUUGGAACGCCUGGCACAGUCAUGGACAUGAUCCGCAAGCGAGUCAUGGACGUCCGACAACUCAAGAUUCUGGUUCUGGAUGAGGCCGACAACAUGCUCGAUCAACAAGGCCUCGGUGAUCAAUGCAUCCGUGUCAAGGCACUGCUGCCCAAAGGCGUCCAGAUCGUUCUCUUCUCCGCCACAUUCCCAGACAAUGUCGUCCUCUAUGCUCAGACAUUUGCUCCUAAUGCGAAUCAAAUGACUCUCCAACACAAGGAUCUGACUGUCGAAGGCAUCAAACAGAUCUACCUUGACUGCGACAGUGAUCAAGCAAAAUACGACGUCCUGGUCAAAUUCUAUGGUUUGAUGACGAUUGGCUCGUCCAUCAUCUUUGUCAAGACUCGAGAAACGGCACUCAACAUCGAACAACGCAUGUCAGCCGAGGGCCACAAGGUCGCGUCACUGACCGGCGGUUACGAAGGAACACAGCGCGAUCUCAUUAUCGACUCAUUCCGUAUGGGCCACGCAAAAGUCCUGAUCACUACCAACGUUCUUGCUCGAGGUAUCGACGUUCAGUCAGUGUCCAUGGUCGUCAACUACGACGUUCCCGACAAGUUUAUUGGCGGUGGUAAAUACGCCGCAGAUCCCCAGACCUAUCUUCACCGUAUUGGACGAACCGGUCGAUUCGGACGUGUCGGUGUUGCCGUCACUUUUAUCAGCAACCGGCAGGACUGGGAGAAACUGAUGGAAAUUCAGAGAUACUUCAACACCACAAUGACGAAGGUCACAACCGACGACUGGGAUGAGCUGGAGGAACAGGUCUCUAGGAUCAUCAAGAGUUCCAGGGCGGGUUCGAAUUUCAAGGAAGGCGCAAACAUGCAGAUGUGA